GACCAAGCCUACAGCCUUGCCUUCAGAGGGAGAAAGUGACACACGGCUCGCGUCUGCACGAUAUAUCGAGGAUACUUUGCGCUACAUUGCGCGUUGUUUCGCGGGGAAAUCAUUUACGUUCAUUUCCUUUGAAAGUAUCAGCUCGCUUGCGGAUUGACUCGGAUUUGGAUUUAGACAUCGAUGAGACCAACCCCGGCGACAGACAUGGAGUCCCUCCAGAGCUGUGUCUACCAUGUCCCUGUCUGUGCGCCCUACCCGCAGGGUGCUCAACAGAUCCAUCACUAGAAGCAAGUCCUUCGCCGGAGUCAACUCCCACGAUAAGUCUUACAGGCCUCUCUCAGUAUUCAGCACCCCGGCGUGCGUGAGGAAGAGCCCCUCCAGAGGAAGCAGAAUGUUCACGCUGUCCACUAAAUCACCUCCUCCAAAGGUGCCUCAGCCCGAGAGGCUGGAUGAAGUAUACGAGGCCCUAAAGAGAGGACUGCAAUCCUACCUGCAUGUCCAUCAGAUGGAGCUUGACAGUCUGAACAGACAAAUGAAGGAAUCCAAAAGAAACUCACGCUUGGGGUUUUUGUAUGAACUUGACAAGCAAGUAAAAGUGAUUGAGAGAUUUAUGAGACGGCUGGAGUUCCACCUCAGUAAGAUCGAUGAGCUGUAUGAGGCCUACUGUAUGCAACGCAGACUCAGAGACGGAGCCAAUAAGAUGGUGAAAGCUUACACGGCCUCUCCAGGCAGCAGAGAGGCUCGAGAGAGUCUGUCUGAAGCUAACAAGAGCUUUAAAGAGUACACCGAGAAUAUGUGCAUGUUGGAGAGUGAGUUGGAGAACCAGCUGGGGGAGUUUCAUGUCAAAAUGAAGGGGUUGGCGGGAUUUGCCCGGCUUUGUGCAGGAGAUCAGUAUGAGAUCUUUAUGAAGUAUGGCCGCCAGCGGUGGAAACUGCGGGGUCGGAUUGAGAUCAAUAGCAAGCAAGUGUGGGACAGUGAGGAGAUGGUCUUCCUCCCCCUCAUCACGGAGUUCCUGUCUAUAAAGGUGACAGAGCUGAAGAGUCUGGCCAAUCACGUGGUGGUGGGCAGUGUCUCAUGUGAGACUAAGGACCUGUUCGCUGCCAUGCCACAAACAGUGGCUGUGGAUAUCAAUGACCUGGGCACAAUCAAACUCAGUCUAGAAGUCUCCUGGAAUCCAUUUGACAAAGAUGACCAGUCAUCCUCGGCUAGCACAGUGAACAAGGCCCCUUCUGUCAAUAAGCGUUUUUCUACGUACAAUCAGAGUCCUCCAGACACACCUUCUCUACGAGAGCAGGCCUUCUACAACAUGUUGAGGAGACAGGAAGAGAUGGAGAAUGGAACUGCAUGGUCAAACUCCUCGGAAUCCUCAGACGAUUCCUCCAGUCCUCAGCUGUCGGUCGGAAUGCGGCACGCAAAUAAGAAUUUAGUUCAGCCUGAGGUACAAACCGCUCCUCCGGCCAUCGAAAUCUCCUUUGCCCCCCGUGAAUCAGCAACAUCCACUCCCACCCGCCUGGCCAAUCAGAAGGAGGAGGAUGAGGAGGAGGAUGAAGAGGAUCUUAAGAAACCAGAAGCUACAAUAAUAGCUGCCACCAUUGCUCCAGUGAAACAGGAAGUGCCCAAUGGCCAUCCCCGGUAUUCUCGCUCUCUCAGUCACAUCAGUGAGAACAGUGUGGAUGGUGUUAUAAUAGACAGAUUGUCUGGGGAAUCCUUGGAGACCACAGAGGUGACCUCGAUAGCCCCCUCAGUAUCAAAAAUUGACGACGCCAUGGAUGUUCCACACAGGGCAGAACCGUGUUGUGUUGUACCAGAGACUCGUGAGCCAUCCUGCACUGCUGAACUACAGAACUGUACAGAAAGUAGCUCAUGCAAAGAGCAGCAAGACCUUCCGGCAGAAACCAAGACCUGUGGCUCAACUGCAUCGGAAAAAACUAACGCAGAGCCCAGGUCUAGACCCAGCUCUGUCUCUUAUACAUGUGGCGAAAAAGACUCUUCCCCUUGUGCUUUGUCACGGCGGGUGGACAGUGAAGCUAGCAGGACUGAUUCUUCGGCACAGAACCAUGAGCCGUGCCUUGCAAAGACAGAAAAUAACAAUCUGAUAGUUGAGACGUCGUCUUCUAUAACAGACAAUAAACCCACAGACAGUUUGGAAGCCCAGUCGUCAGAAAGCUGUCUGGAGGAGGCCCUUAGUGCUGUUAUGUCCUCCCUCGAUGAUUACAGAGGCCAGUUCCCAGAACUGCAGGUCUUAGAACAAGAACUGAAACUAUUGGAAAAGGCGCUUACAGUACAAAAUCGCAGUCGUUCAUCCAGCGUCAGUUUGACAGUCGAGACUGCGCUUGGAAGCUUCGACUUCCUUAAUACGUCAGACCUGGAUGAAGAGGAAGAGGAGGAUGGUGAGAGACUGAUUGUGACAGACAGCGCCGAUGAGCGUCUCACAGCUGUGGAGGGUGAAGCGGAGGAUGAGGGCUGCGAGGCGCCAAGUUGGGACACUCCCUCUACUCCUCUAAGCACAGGCUGCCCGGCUCUAGAUCACACCCUGCUGGUUCAUCUGCAGAACUGCAGCUCACAGAUGCUGAGGUUAGGCACGUUCGGGCCUCUGCGCUGUGGGGAGAUGUACGCUCUCGAUCAUCUUCUCAGGGAAGCACGUGUCCUUGAGCUCAUACGAUGGGUUGUAAAGGACUCAAAAAGCGGGGACAGCCAACCAGAGGAGGUUCUUCCUCAGUUAGAUCAAUGUCAAGGGGCUGUGUUGCUAUGGCGGCAGUGCACGGAUGGCUGCAGUGUUUACAGCACAUCCACAGAGACCUUUAUACAGGCACUCAGCAAAACUUACGCCAGCAAACUGCCAGAGAGAGGAGCUGGCUUUUCAGAUACAGUAUUUCUACGUCUGGUGGAGCGAGUCCUUGAAAGGAAGUUGCCCAAGCGUGGAGGAGGUGCGGCCAGAGAGACCAUCACACUCUUUCAGUUCUGGAGCUACCUGGAAGCGGAGGGAGUGAAUGACCUGGACACACACAUUCCUGAGCUUGCUGAAGAAGUUUGGCUUGUUCAAUGCCUGCAGUCUGGAGAUCAGGAUGUUCUGGUGAAGUCCUUGAAGAAGCCUCCAGAAUGCAGUCUGAAGAGGGAGGGCCUGCGAGCAGUCAGUCUGCUGCUGAGAGACCCAAGGGGAAAAGUGUGCAGUGCAGCCAGCUCCUUGCUGCGCAGUCUAGCUGACCAAACCCGUCACAGGGAGAGGGCACUGGUGAGCUGUUUAGAGCUCUUGGAGGAUGAGAGAAAGGAGACGCGUCUGUGUGGAUGUAAAGCACUUGCAUGUCUGAAGGCAAAAGAGAGCAUUGAGCAGCUGGUGUAUCUGUGCAGGACAGAUAAGGAGGAUGUGAGAGAUGCUGCCAAACAAGCUCUGCUUGUGCUAGGUGAUGAGGGGAAAAUUGCCCAUCGGCACAUUGAGUCGUCCCAAGAUGGAAUGUCCCGCCUUUUUACGCCUGGCAGUAUGGCCAGUACAGCAUUCUAACACAAUCAACUGCGAGACUCAUCCGAAAAAUCAACUUGCGUCUCAGUAUACUCACUGUCAUGACCAUGCCAAUUACAAACUAUUUAAUGCACACUUAAAAACUAUCAAGAGUACAAAUAUUUACUGUACAUGUGCAGUUAUAAAUGACAAAUCAGUGAUCACACUCUCAAGGAGAGUGCCAACAGUGUCAUGACGUGGACAGAUACAAUCAGUAAACGAGAGGAUUUGUAUGGCCGGUAUGUUAUUAUUUUUAGGACGACCUAAGAUGAACUACUGUAAAGUGAUAUAGUAAGAUGCAAACACUCUUAAAAGAAAAGGUUCUAUAUAGAACCCCAAAUAACCUUUUUUCUAAGAGUGCAGUGAGUGUGGGAAGGGGUUACUAAAGAAUGUUUUGCUGCCUUAUUAUUUGGCCCAAUGGUGUUGCCUUCAUGAAAGCUAGGCCCUGAUCAGCAAUACAAAUGGUGUCCGUAUUGACAGGGAUGGAAAAUUAAAGUGUUCUUUUCACUUUAUUGACACAAGUAGGCAGAAGCUGAUUGAUCACUUUGUAAAGAGUGCUUAUGAGUGUGUACAUAUUGUCUGGAGAAUGUAUGUUGGUAGUAGGGGGUCACACCUGAGAACAUAGGAUUGAGAUUUUGGAAAGAAUUUCCUUAAUCCCAACAUAUCAUAGGGACCUUGUUGCCAUUUAAAGUGUAAGAGUGCCAUCAUUCCAUGUCAUGCUUUAUUGGUGCAAAUUAUAUAUCUAUAUUCCAUUGGAAGUGUAAAUGUUUCGUGUUUAAGUUUAAAUGUUAAAAUACUCAAUAGCAAAAGCAUCUGUUUUGAAUCACAAUGCACCUCCUUAGAUCUAAACCACUGAUAAUCUCUGCUGUAAAAGUGGUGACUUUUUUCUUUUUAUUAUUAUUUCUGAAGAAUGUCACUAUUAUUAGGAAUGAAAGAUGUACAAUGGUGAAGUUUUGCCUUUUUUUUUCAAUCGUUUCAGACAAAUUCUCCAUGCUUUUGAUAUUUUGCCAUGCUUAACUCCGAGCAUUUCCACAGUGCUGCUAGACAGUAAGGUUCUGGAUUGGAACCAGAGAUGGUUAAUUUUUACAUAACAUAAUUUUUAGCUUUUUUCCACACUUACAUGACAAAGAACGCCUCUUCAGUGUAUAAGUGCCUCAAUUUAGUAUGGGGAGCAAGAGUGAGAUAGAUAUUAUUUAAAACUCAAGACUGUGGUUUAGGACUACAAACUGCAGAACAGAUUUAAAUAUAUUUUCAUUAUUAUCUACGGAUUGUGCAGCAUUAAAGAUGUGAGUUACUUUUUAUUUCUCUAAAUAUGUAUAUUGUCUGACAAGGAUUAUUGCUGACGUCAACUGUAAAGGAACUAUAUUAAAUGAUGAACACUAAAA